CGUGUUGAGGAGGCGGGAAAACAACAUCACCGGCGUCAGAGAGACCAAAGUCCCCUGAGAGAGAGAGAAAGACAAAACCUUCGAAUUCGCUGCUUUCUCUGUAACCGCCAUGGGUAUUAAGGGUUUAACGAAGCUUUUAGCCGACAAUGCACCAAGUUGUAUGAAAGAACAGAAAUUCGAGAGCUAUUUUGGUCGGAAAAUCGCUGUUGAUGCUAGCAUGAGCAUUUACCAAUUCCUUAUUGUUGUAGGAAGAACUGGGACUGAAAUGCUCACUAAUGAAGCUGGUGAAGUCACUAGUCAUUUACAAGGGAUGUUUAAUCGAACGAUUCGUCUUCUUGAAGCUGGAAUUAAGCCUGUCUAUGUUUUCGAUGGAAAGCCCCCGGAGUUAAAGAGACAAGAACUGGCAAAACGUUACUCCAAGAGAGCCGAUGCAACUGCAGAUUUGACUGGUGCAAUUGAGGCAGGAAACAAGGAGGACAUUGAGAAGUACAGCAAAAGAACUGUGAAGGUGACAAAACAGCACAAUGACGACUGCAAAAGACUCUUGAGACUCAUGGGGGUGCCCGUUGUUGAGGCCACUUCCGAGGCGGAAGCGCAAUGUGCAGCACUUUGCAAGUCAGGAAAGGUUUAUGGUGUGGCUUCUGAAGAUAUGGAUUCCUUGACUUUUGGAGCUCCUAAGUUUCUUCGCCACCUGAUGGAUCCUAGCUCCAGAAAGAUCCCUGUCAUGGAAUUUGAAGUUGCUAAGAUUUUAGAAGAGCUUCAACUUACCAUGGAUCAGUUCAUUGACUUGUGCAUAUUGUCUGGAUGUGACUAUUGUGACAGUAUCCGAGGUAUCGGAGGGCAGACUGCGCUAAAGCUCAUUCGCCAGCAUGGAUCUAUUGAGACUAUACUCGAAAAUCUAAACAAAGAAAGGUAUCAAAUACCCGAGGAAUGGCCAUAUAACGAAGCUCGAAAACUUUUUAAAGAACCUGAUGUCAUAACAGAUGAGGAGCAGCUUGAUAUUAAGUGGACCUCUCCAGAUGAAGAGGGUAUAGUUCAUUUUUUGGUGAAUGAAAAUGGAUUCAACAUAGACAGGGUAACCAAGGCGAUAGAGAAAAUUAAAACUGCGAAGAACAAAUCAUCCCAGGGCAGGCUGGAAUCAUUUUUCAAGCCAGUUGCUAACUCAUCCGUGCCUGCUAAGAGAAAGGGUACCAAAUGCUUGCUUCGGCAGUAUAAACCAGCCAUCAGCAAUAAAGUCUCCUCUCUGCAUGCUUUUGGAUGGAACUCCUCCAAUAACAUUGUUAGCAUUAGGCAGUUUUCUCUAUCCCGGGGUUUCAACCUUUCGGUUCAAAUGGCUGGAGCUGGCAUAGGCACAAGAAUCUAAAUAUCCGGUGAACAUUUAAAAUUAAUCUGCCGUAAUUUCUGUAGUUCUAUCUAGCUAAUGUUAAGCAUACAGCUGUGAGCAGGAAACUAUUUUACAUAGACUAAGUGCCUCCGUUCUUAAGAUUCCUGGGAUCAAUAUAACACUGUACUUUUUGUUUCACAUGUUUCUGGAUAUACAUCGAUAAUUUGGUGUUUAUAAACUGUUUUUUACUUG